AGCUGUUCAACGAGAGUAUCAAAGUACAAGAUCACGAAAAAGGUGGGGUCUUUUUCAGCAAAAAACUGAGAUUUUGCUCACAAAAAUGCCAGCCGUUUCUUCAUCUUCGGGGCGACCGUCUCGUCCGAAGUCUAAGGAAGGCUUCAAGCUGUCCAAGGCGCUGUCUAAGAUGUCUCGGAGCGUCUUGAAGACGUCUAAGGAGCUUUACGCGGAGCUUCCUCGCGUGGCUGUGGAGCCUUCCUACACGUGGCUGGUGGCGGGACUGCUGUUCUGUCUGGAGAUCGUUCUUAACGUCUUCAUCAUUCUCAGAGUUAACUAUACAGAGAUAGACUGGGUUGCGUACAUGCAGGAAGUGGAGGGGGUCAUCAACGGGACGUACGACUACAUGCAGCUGAGGGGGGACACAGGGCCGCUGGUUUACCCUGCAGGUUUUGUGUAUGUGUUCGGUGUGCUGUACUACAUCACGGGUCACGGAGCCAACAUCCGCCUGGCGCAGUUCAUCUUUGCUGGGUUCUACCUGGUCCUGCUGGGGCUGGUCUUUAGGAUAUACCACAGAACGCUCAAGGUGCCCCCGUACGCGUUCCUGUUCAUGUGCGGCGCCUCGUACCGGAUCCACUCCAUCUUCGUGCUGCGCCUGUUUAACGACCCGGUCGCCAUGCUGUUCCUCUACCUGUCAAUCAACCUGUUCCUGGACAAGCACUGGGCCUGGGGCUGCUUCUGGUACAGUUUUGCAGUCUCCAUCAAGAUGAACGUUCUCCUGUUUGCUCCCGGCCUACUUCUGCUGUUGCUAACGGAGCUGGGGGUGGUCAAGACUGUUGCUAGGCUGGCCAUCUGUGCUGGGCUACAGUUAGUUCUGGCUGUUCCAUUCCUGUUGGAGAACCCCAUGGGGUACAUGGUACGGUCCUUUGACCUGGGUCGCCAAUUCUUCUUCAUCUGGACAGUGAACUGGCGGUUCCUCCCGGAGGACGUGUUUCUCAACCGCUACUUCCACCUGUCCUUACUGGGGCUCCACCUAGCAGCUCUCGCCAUGUUUGCAGUCUACAGAUGGAACAAGAAAACCCAUCUUAUUGACCUGUUAAGACUGGAGGUACCUAAAAAGGAGCAGGAAGAUGCCCAGCUCAGCAGCAAUGAGAUUGUGUCGGUUCUCUUCACGUCCAACUUCAUCGGCCUGUGCUUCAGCCGAUCGCUGCACUACCAGUUCUAUGUCUGGUACUACCACACUCUGUACUAUCUGCUGUGGUCCACAGAUCUACCUACAGUAGUCAGACUGUUGGUGCUAGGUGUGAUAGAGAUGGCGUGGAACACCUACCCUUCCACUGUGGAGAGCUCUGUCUCUCUCCAUGUCUGUCAUCUGGUCUUACUGGGGGCACUCUGGGUCAGAGGUCAUGUGUCACAAACAGAGGGUAAGGUCAAGAAGGUCAAGUAACAUGUCUGUGAGGGUGUGAUGGGGGUUUUACAGGAAGUUGCAGAAAAAAGUGUUAAUUGUAAGCAUCUUUGUUAGAGAUUAUUAUAGUUAUUUUUAGUAUUCGUACAUGGAAUCUCAGGUUAAUUUUUCGUCAUCGCCAAUUUUUUGUCUUCAAAGGAA